AUGACUGUGAUAGAGAAAGUAGAGUUCUUUGAAAUUCAACUGAAAAAUGAAUCGUGUGCAUUCAGUGAAGAAGCUGUGCAGCACCUUGAAGAUGCUAUUGAAGCUAUUAAGAAACUGGAAAAAUUAAGAAGACAUACCCUUGAACUUCUAGAAGAGGAGACCAUAAAAAAUAGUAAUCUCCGUUUAAAACUCCAGAAUCUUCCAGAAAUGGUUACCAAGGAGUUGGAAGCUCUUGUUGCUGCAGCCCGUGAAUCCAGUACUACUAAGAUAACUGAAUUACAGACUGCACUGAAAAACAUCACGUAUGAAAUCGAAUUACUGAAUCAGAAACAAAUCCUUUGUGAAACCCAGAAUGCUGCUAUGUGUAAGGAGCAAGAGCGGCUGUGGGUCCAGCAUGAAGAAGCUGUAGACUUACUGAACCAGCAGAUGGCACAGAAAGCUAACACAAAUAUACUUUUAAAUGAGUUUUACAACAAAAAAAAGGAUGCAGAACAAGAAAUAACCAACCUAAUGAAUGCUGUAAAAGAAGUGAAAGAUGUUCUAGCUAAAGAAAUAAAAAUAUUUAAUGAUGAAAAAGAAAUGUGGGAUAGAAAGAACGCAGAGAUGAAAACAAAACUUGAUCUUCAGAAGGCAGAAACUUCAGGAAAAAAGGAUGAAUUUGAAAAAUUGUCCAUAAAGCUAUCGGCUGUGCAGUCUGAGAUAGCUCAAAAUACAGCGAUUAUUUUUAAUGAGAAAGUUCAGAUAGCACGACUGAAAGAAACAAACGAACAACUAAUAAUGGAAUUAAAACUUAAAAUGACAGAAAAGCUGGAACUCUGCGAAAGAAAAUAUAGCCUCGAUUCUGAUCUACUGCUUUUGCAAUCAAAAAUUGCCCAAGAAAGAGAGAAUCUAAAUAUUGAUAUAGCAAAGACUAAGGAAGAAUUAAGUACAGCUGAAGGCCUGAAUAGGAAACUUAAACAUGAAAAUAAAUUUAUAAGUAGCCAGUAUCGGAUAUUACUGGCAGAAGAGGAACACUCACAAGCAAAAAGGAACGAGGCAGCAACAGAACUUGAACGAUUAUCCAGUUGGCUGGAUGAAAGACUUGAAGUUCUGUCAACGCGUGUGGUGGAGGAGCAAAACUUGGAGGAUGAAGCUGAGAGACUCGAAGAUCUCUUUCAAAACGCUAAGGAUGCCUAUGCGAGAGAACUAGAGAAUCUAGAGCAAUGUUUAAAAAGAGAAAGUGAGAUGAGAGCUUUGCUUCAGUGGAAACAACUUCACCUAGCAAAGAAGAAGGAAGUCUUGUGGAUAACAGAGGAGAAAUUCGUGAAUGAAAUGAAUGUACGACUUGAGACUGGUAAAAAACGUCAUGCUGAGCUAAUUGCAGAGAAUGAGCAUUUCCAGAAAGAAAUUUUGCAGGCUGAAGAACAGGUCAAACACCUUAGUGAUGAUGUAAAUAAAAGGGAAGCUGAAUGUGAGACGUAUGAAAACAGCUUAACAGAAGACAUACAAUGGCUUGAGGAUGAUGUCCAAGCUAAAACUGAAGCUAUAUAUCAAAAAGAACAACAACUAAUUCUGAGCAUCCCUCUCAGAGAAGAAAGACGGAAAGAGUUGGAAGAGAAGCAUGAAAAAUAUGAAGAUUUGAAAAAAAUAGUCUCAGAACUAAAAGAUGACGAGAAAAGACUGACAAAAUCCAUUGAUCAGUCAGUCAGGAUGAUUGGUAAACUCAAGAAGAUCAUGGCUGAGCUAAAGAAUGAAUUAAGAAUAAAGCGUGACUUGGCAUUUGACCAGUUGAAAGAUCAUACGGAAGUUCUGAAGUUGCUAGAGAGGGACAUCUAUGAGGUCGACAGGAAGCUCGACAUUGUGAAGACAGAAAACUGCAGACUGAAAUUAUGCAAUUCACAGAUGAAAGCCGAUAUUUUGACAAUGAGCCAUGAAGCCGAAAACCACAAAUCAACAACAAUAAAAAUUCUGAGUGAUCUGACAGUCCUUCAUCAGCUUUUUCUGAAGGGAUGGUCAGAGGACAAUAGCAUUCAAAAGGAAUUUGUGGAGAAUGAGAAGGAAAUCCUGGCUGCAAUAGCAGAUCUUGUAAUGAAACUUCAUCAGAGAGAGAAAAAGAUUGAUUGUAUUAACAAAGGGCUACAAAAUAACUUUGAUGGACUGGAUUCUUUAUUAGAAAGUAAAUCCAGCACGGAACCCAAUGUUUCUGAAGGAUAGACCAUUGGAGUAAAAAGGAAAAGGUAAGUAUCUCUAUAUGAUCCCUAUGCUACAUUUACUUACAAUAAGCUAUGCUUUUAAUAGUCUACUGACUAAGAGAAAUUUUAGGAUUAAGAUAUAAGAUUCCCCAGUCUUAUCCAAAGACAUGCUUAUCAUUAGUGCUACUUGGGUUUUGUUUUCACAUUUCUUUUUGACAACUUAGGGCCAAACUUUUAAGCCUGGAGCCACACUGUCCAUGAACAGAAAUGCAUAUGCAAUUGCUCUGUUGUCAUUACCAUACCUGUGCAUGCAAAUGUACAUGGCACUUGGUCCAGAAACCCAGUCACCCAAAGUGCAUGUGCAAUCCCAGUAAUUGAGUCUGAAAAUACAGGUACAAGACUGUACAGAACACUUUUUUUUUAAAUAAAAGUCUGUUCCAAUACUAGCCAUGGGAGUUGGUAUUUUAAUGCAUAUAUCUAUCAGGGCCAUAUGUUCAGAAGCGCCUUAUGGUUCUGGCUACAUAAAAAAUGGGAAUGUUUGUAUACAAACAGAAAGGUGUACCGAAUCUCAUUAAGCAAAAUGCCUAUUUUCACACCCAAAUGUGUUUUCGCGUGUACCACUGUAGAAAUCCUUUUUGAAAUAAUGGAUCCAAUUUUCCAGUUAGACAAUAAUGUUAUUAGGACAAAAAUCCUAAAUCUUUUAAUAAGAGAAUAUACUACAUAGUUUGCAUCUGAACAAGGAACAGUGACAUCUGGAGGCAGGUAAGCUGUUGCAGAGUCCAAAACAAAUACUCUGAGUUAUCUGCAUGUUCCACAGUAUUGUCUCCUUUAACUAGCCCAGCUUUGCUUUGAGAGGUGAGCUCUCAAGCUACUCCCCAAUUCCCCACAGCCUAAUUGGGUAAUAGAACACACAGCAUACUACUGUGACUCUUAAUUAAACAAACACACUGACUGUUAUACCAGGGUAUACCAUAAUCAGUACAUUUUUAUCCUUCUCUGCCCUCUUUGUAAUUACUUCCAUAGGCUCAAGCAUUAAAACCAGGUCACUGAUCAACUUGCCCAAAAAGAGUUGGCUGGUCAAAAUAUCCUUGGGAAACGGCUGGUCAUAUUUUUAAAUCUGAAGCAGUUACAGGCUAUGUUGGUCACCAUGUGACUUCCCUUUGUGGAUUAAUGAUCAUUUAAGUGUUGUAGGAUGAUGGUUCUCAGUCUGUUUCAUACUUUCAGCCUUUCUUAUGCUAACACGCCUCUUGUGAAUACAUCCAUUCUAGCAUGUGUUACAUGUAAAAGUAAUACUAGGAGAGCAUUAGAGAAGAGCUGAACAUAUCCACUUAAUAGGACAGGGACAGCAACCUCAUUUCUUUCUCCGCGUGCAUAACUUAUAGAA